UCCUCCCUGAGCUACCCUAAGUUUGCUCCUCCAUACUUUUCCCCCAUAUUUGCCUCUUAACUCUUUAGGCCCUCCAGGAAGAAUCCCUCUAUAGUCUAUAGUCUAAACGCACUAGAAACCCACCAAACCCCUGCAUUAAACCCAUCUCUAUCUUCAUUAGAAAUGGAUGAUAUAGAGAUACAAAAACGUAUAGCCAUGAUGAAGUACAAGAAAAACCAGUAUUUUCUAAGCACCUUCAUCCUCUACUCUCUGACUGCUUUCAUUUUUACCCUUUUCUGCUCAAGCCCUCUAUGGUUUCCUACUCUGUUCUCUUCCUCAAAGUCCUUCCUCUUCAUCUCCAUCCCCAAAAUGAGGUCUUUCCUCUUCAAUCCCAAGUGUUUGUUCAUUGUCUGCAACAUCAUCAUUGUCUUCCUUGUUGGAGAAUCUAAGUUGAUGGGCUCCUCCUCUUCCUCCUCAUCUUCAGCUGAUAUCUAUGAUGAGUAUAUGAAGAGAAGCCAAACCCUUCAGAGGUUCUCUUCCCAGGAAGAGAAAAUAGAAGAAAGGAAAGUGGAGAUGCCUUUAAAUGAAGAGAUCUCCACACAUAGGGUUCAUGAAGAUGGAGAAGAAGAAGAAGGAGACGAUUUGAAAAAAAGGGCUGAGGAUUUCAUUGCAAGGGUGAACAGACAAAGGAGGCUUGAAGCUGAACAAUUGAUUUGAUGUUGUUUAGUACUGUACAUGAAUAUUGGAAGGAAAAUUUUUAAAACCACUUCCUGCACCAAAACAAAAAUGGAGAAUGAAGAAAGAAUCAAAAAGUAAAUCUAUAAAUAAAAAUGACUUGUAGAAACAAAAACCAACUUUCCAUUCUCUGUUGUUAUAAAUACUUAUUGAUCAGUUCUGUAGAUUCCAUGAAUAUUGGAGAAACAAAUUUUGUAUUCUAGA